AAACUCUUUCUUUGACGAACUUUCCUGUCACAAUCACACCAGGGAACUCUCUCUUUUCUUCUCCUUCGCCGAAGCACUACCAAAGGUCCUGCAUUUGUAUCUUGAUGAAUUCAAGCAUUACCGUGUCAUCAACAGUUUCCUCUAGAGCGGGAAACAACACUGACUUCUUUUUCUGGGUUCUUGUUUCCUUAGUUCCAAAGUUCAUUAAGACUCACACACUGCACAUUGACUUGUUUUUGAUUAAGGGAAUUGAGAGGAUAUCAUUUGUAAUUCUAAAUUUCGAAGCAUUCAGAAAUAAUAAGGUGUAGUGUGCUACUUUAGCCAUCUGCAUUCUUGAUCAGGAUUGUUAGCAUGGUUUCCUCUCAGCUCCCAUGUCCCACAAAAUCUUACAUGCCGAAAUCAUUUAGGAACGAUUUUAUUCUACACCUUAGUUCUCCUGAUGUCUCCUCAGAGCAGGUUGAGUUGGACUUUUCUGAUGUUUUUGGCCCUCAACCACUAAAUGAACCUAGUGAUGGGAUAUCUGAAGAUGCUAAUAUUAAUGAGCUCCUAUAUUACGAUGCUGAGGUUAUCUGCAACCAAUUACAUUCUUUGGUGGGCCCCACCUCAUUUGUGAGUCAAUCUUUGAAGCCUGGCCAGCUCACCCUUCAUGAAAUUGAAGUCUCAUUGGAGCUUACAGAAAGUUUGAUUGGUGAAGCAAUAAAAGAAGAUCAAACAAUAGGCCUUCAAGAUUUUGAUGUCAUGAAACUCGUUGGACAGGGUGCUUUUGGAAAAGUUUUUCAGGUGAAGAAGAAGGGCACAUCCGAAAUCUAUGCAAUGAAGGUCAUGAGGAAGGACAAGAUUAUGGAGAAAAACCAUGCUGAAUACAUGAAAGCAGAGAGGGAUAUCUUGACAAGGAUUGAUCACCCCUUUAUAGUCCAGCUUAGAUAUUCAUUUCAGACAAAAUAUAGACUUUACCUCGUGCUAGACUUCAUUAAUGGUGGACACCUAUUCUUUCAGCUUUACCAUCAAGGCCUAUUCUGCGAGGAUCUUGCACGCAUAUAUACAGCAGAAAUUGUGUCAGCGGUGUCUCACCUUCAUGAAAAUGGUAUAAUGCACAGGGAUCUCAAACCAGAAAACAUUUUACUGGAUGCAGAUGGCCAUGCAAUGCUAACUGACUUUGGACUAGCAAAGGAAUUUGAGGCAGAUAAGAGAUCAAACUCCAUGUGUGGAACAGUACAUUAUAUGUCACCUGAAAUUGUUCUUGGAAAAGGCCAUGAUAAGGCUGCGGACUGGUGGAGUGUAGGAAUUUUGUUGUUUGAGAUGCUUACUGGAAAGCCUCCUUUUAUCGGCAACAGAGAGAAAAUUCAACAGAAAAUAAUCAAGGAAAAAAUCAAACUGCCAUCAUAUUUAUCUAGCGAGGCACAUUCUCUACUGAAAGGGCUACUACAAAAGGAUCCAAGUAAACGCAUGGGCAGUGGGGCAAAGGGAAGUGAUGAGAUAAAGUGCCACAAAUGGUUUAGACCGAUCAACUGGAAGAGAUUAGAGGCGAGGGAAAUACAGCCCAGUUUCCGUCCUGCAGUUGAUGGGAAGCAGUGUAUCGCGAAUUUUGACAAGUGUUGGACCGAAAUGCCACUGCAAGACUCUCCGGUUUCCAGCCCUAUUUGUGACCUCUUUCAGGGAUUCACCUACGUGAGACCCGCUGCCUCCUUCCUCCAGAGGACUGGUAGCCCUCUCUGCUAGCUACCACCUUCUUCCUUCAUCACGCUUUGAACAUUCAAUAAGUGGGUGUACUACUAACAUUCAGUUUUAACUCUAUAUGCUUUAAUGUAUGCUUUACAUUAUCUACCAAACAUGACUUAUGUGCUCUUAUGAAAGUAUCAUUUGGUUCCCAGAAAUAUUAUUGUUC